CUGAGUAUAACUAGUCGCGACAAAAAGUCCCAAAUUACGAUUCAGGCUGCUGCUUGGCACUGCUCCGAAGAGAGAGGGAGGGCGAGAGAGAUUCGAGUGCCUGGUGUCUGAAGAAGAGUCGAUAGUAGAGAAUAUAUAUAUAUAUAUAGAGAGAGAGAGAGAGAGACGAUGCCGGAGCAGACGACGCCGAUAGAUAUAGUGAUGGAGGCAGCAUCAGGGCCUCAUUUCUCAGGCCUGCGACUCGACGGCCUCCUCUCUUCUCCUUCUUCUGGUCGCUCGCCGGCGCUUCCUCUUUCUUCUUCAUCUUCCUCAACCCUAGCCGACUCCAAUGGCCCCAAACAGCCCUUCGUCAUCGGAGUUUCGGGAGGUACGGCUUCUGGUAAGACGACAGUGUGUGACAUGAUCAUUCAACAGCUUCAUGAUCAUCGCGUUGUGCUUGUGAAUCAGGAUUCAUUUUAUCGUGGUUUGACAGCUGAAGAAGCAAAACGUGUGCAUGAAUAUAAUUUCGAUCAUCCCGAUGCUUUUGACACUGAGCAGUUUCUAGAGUGCAUUGAGAAACUCAGAUGUACCCAAUCUGUACAGGUUCCAAUAUAUGAUUUUAAAAACCAUCGCAGGUGUUCGGAAAGUUUCCGGCAGGUAAAUGCAUCUGAUGUAAUCAUCUUGGAGGGAAUUCUGGUUUUCCAUGAUCCACGUGUCCGCAACUUGAUGAAUAUGAAGAUUUUUGUUGACACAGAUGCUGAUGUGAGGCUUGCUCGUAGAAUAAGGCGUGAUACAGUUGAGAGGGGUAGGGACAUAAACUCUGUGCUUGAACAGUAUGCAAAGUUUGUGAAACCUGCUUUUGAUGAUUUUGUCCUGCCAUCAAAGAAAUAUGCUGAUGUUAUCAUACCCCGGGGAGGUGAUAAUCAUGUCGCCAUUGAUUUAAUUGUCCAACAUAUCCGCACAAAACUUGGUCAGCAUGACCUCUGCAAAAUAUAUCCCAAUGUUUAUGUUAUUCAGUCAACAUUCCAGAUAAGAGGAAUGCAUACACUUAUUCGAGAUUGUGGUAUAUCAAAGCAUGAUUUUGUAUUUUAUUCGGAUCGGCUUAUUCGUCUGGUUGUGGAGCAUGGCCUUGGCCAUUUACCAUUUACUGAGAAACAAGUAGUUACUCCAACAGGGUCAAUGUAUACUGGGGUUGACUUUUGCAAGAAAUUGUGUGGAGUUUCCAUUAUUCGAAGUGGUGAAAGUAUGGAGAACGCAAUGCGUGCUUGUUGCAAAGGAAUAAAAAUUGGAAAAAUUCUGAUCCACCGUGAUGGUGACAAUGGGAAGCAGCUUAUAUAUGAAAAGCUUCCCAAGGAUAUUUCGGAAAGGCAUGUCUUGCUUCUCGAUCCAGUUCUUGCUACAGGCAACUCUGCUAACCAAGCAAUCGAGCUACUUAUACAGAAAGGAGUUCCAGAAUCCCACAUAAUAUUUCUAAAUCUCAUUUCUGCCCCCGAGGGAAUACAUUGUGUUUGCAAGCGGUUCCCAUCCUUGAAAAUUGUCACCUCAGAGAUUGAUGUAGCAUUGAAUGAAGAAUUCCGUGUCAUACCAGGUUCUUGUACCUGUUCUCGGGCAUACUUGAAGUCGUUCAUAUUUAUUGGCCCAACGUCUGAACUCUCAUUCAUCACAGCUUUCUUCUGUCAAAAGCGCAAGGUGUACAAGUGAUCAGUAAACCUGUUCCGAUAUGUGUUUGUUGCAAAUGAAACUUUUGUUUUAAAGUUGAAGAAUUAAAGUGUGAUGAGAAGAGAUUGCAGAUGA